CAUCUAAAUCUGUAUGUGGCACCGGUAUGCUACUUUUUCUUGGGUUCUUCGUCUCCAGUACAAUUCCAGUACGAGUACGGUAGGAUACGAUUUUGCAGUGGUCCAAAAGGUGUUGGGAAUCUUAGAAAAUCCCUUUCGUAUUGUGAGGUACGGUACCGGUACGUACUACGGUACCGGUAUUGUGGGGUUCCUCGGGCAGGUGGCAAACAUCAGUUUCGUUGUGAAUGCCCCUGGAUCAUCUGGGUCAUCGGAAGGGUGUGAUGACAGAAAGAGCGAAACUGGGCUAUAAUGUAGUAGUACGAGAGUACCGUACCGACUAUGGCUCUCACAGACAUAUGGAUGGGCGGCCGGGGGGGCAUGGUCGUGUUGGGAAGAACGUGAAGUAGAAGAAGUACCGUAUGUACUCCUACUGUCGUUACCGUACCUGUACGGUCUCAUACGAUACUGUGCAGCGGGAAGAAACGAGAUUGUUACUUACAUAGUACUCGUACCCGUACCCGUAACCCGUACAGGGGUCAUAAUUUAGACCCCUGUACCCGUACCCGUUCAAGUUCUGUAGUUCGUACUUCUACUUGUACUUCGUACACCCCAGCCAGGGAAACAGAAACAAGUACAUACAGUACGUACCGGUACUGUAAUUGUACGGUAGCACUUCGGUAUGACUUCCACUUUUAUUUUUUGGAUGUCAUGAUUUUUGUGAACCACAACCAAAACGUCGAAGUCGAAAGAAACCGCGGCAGAUGUGCCAAAACAUCUGCGGGAAGAAGUUGCAUUGGUGCGCAUUUUUGUACUUGUGCCACGGACGAAACUUCUACGGUACCUUGUACGUACAAUACAGUACGUCCUUAAGUACUGUGAGAGAACGAGCACGUGACGAGUAACGAACUCAUCCCGAAGCGAAGGUAACAGUAUCUUCUUUUUUCUUCUCUUUUUGAAAAACUUGAAUUCGUACGAAAAAAUCAUAACGGAAUGCUUUAGUGGCCAUCCAUACAGUAAGAGUAUUGCAUCUGUCGCUGGACGAUAUCAGAGCCAACAGAAGGAGCAGCAGCAGCAGCAGUGACUGCUCCACGCGUUCAUCUCCUCAUCUAGAGUCAGCAAGUCGAGAGAAUACAAUACGAUACGAUACGAUACGAUACGAUACGAUACGAUACAAUACGAUACAAUACGAUACAAUACAGUAUAAUACAGUAUAAUACAGUAUAAUACAGUAUAAUACAGUAUAAUACAAUACGAUACGAUACACGCCAGCAUCAGAUUGGAGUUGGUAUUUAAAAUCGCAUUGCACAUCACCCCUCUUUACUUUAAGUCAAGUCCAUUCCAUUCCAUUCCAUUCCAAAACGAUGAACCCCCCAUCGAUUGGUGUGAUUCGCUUCGUCCUCCUAUUGGCUCUUCUUUUCUGUUGGGUGGACGCCUUUGCGGGCCCAGGGCUGAUGGGCAAGGAAAAGAAAAACUACAGUAGCUGCUGCAGCAGCAAUAGUUGCAUGCUCGGUCGCAAGAAAAGUCACGACAUGCGCAGCUUUACAAUGCUUUUUGGGAGCGGCGCUGGCAGCCCCAGAAGCAACAACGACCGCGUAAAAAAGGCAGGGGGUGGAGUCCCCGUGAUCGCCAGCGGAGAUCGGGACUCCUUCUGGGACCCCGCCAGCGAGGGCAUGCGGGGAAUGGAAGGAGACUUCAGCCUAGAGGAGCGCCUGGCGAUGGGGAAAGAUUUUGACUUUGAGGGAAGCGUGAAUGGCGGGUACGGGUACCCUGCGAAUGCAAAUGCAAAUGCGAAUGCAAAUGCAUAUGCAUAUGCAUAUGCAAAUCCGAACCUAACCAACCUAGCCGUUCCAGAGAUGCUCCAUGCCGCCCAGUGCUGGCUAGAAGACUCGGUCUCGAGCUCGAGCUCAAAGACAAGCCCGGUUCCACCACCAUUUUGCACUGCCAAGUCGCCGGUCACCGCGACCGUUCUGGGACGCACCCCGCUCAUCGAAUCCGACGCUCCCGGGGACAUCCAGCACAUCGUGCUUCGCCUUCCCGAGGGUUUUCGCUACGUCGAGGGACAGUCCAUUAGUGUCAUCCCCCCCGGCACCGACCCCUCCACCGGUAGGCCGCACAAACCUCGUCUGUACAGCAUCGCCUCGACGAGGUACGGGGACCUGCUAGAUGGAACCACGGUCAGUCUGUGCGUGAGGCGGGCCGAGUACACCGAUCCUGCCACCGGGAAGGUCGACCCCUCGAAGGCCGGGGUAUGCUCGGGAUUUCUCUGCGACGCAGUGCCCGGACAGAAAGUCAGUGUGGCUGGUCCUGUCGGCAAGACGAUGCUGCUCCCGGCGUUUGACAGCGACAAUGACAGCGACAGCGACAAGGAUGCCCACUCGGGAUCAGUGGACCUAAUCAUGGUAGCCACCGGAACGGGGAUCGCCCCCUUUCGGAGCUUUCUUCACCGUCUGUUCACAGAGCACACGCCGGCGAACCACAUGUUCAAGGGCAACGGAAAGGCCUGGCUUAUCCUCGGAGUUCCUACCAGUGGAUCCCUCUUGUACAAGCCCGAGUUCGACGCCAUGCUGCGAACUGCAAACCAAAACCCAACACCGAUCCCGAGUCACGAAUGGACGUCGGUACAAGUACCAGAGCCAACACCGUCACUCCGUAUCGACUACGCGAUUUCCCGGGAAAUGACAAAUGCAUCCGGAGGCAAGCUCUACGUUCAGGAUGUCCUCCGGGAAAACGCGGGGGAGCUGAUGGAACGCCUCGAAAACGGGGCGGUCAUCUACUUUUGCGGUCUCCGGGGCAUGAUGCCGGGUAUUCUCGAAGCGCUGGAGGAGGUGGCAACCGCCUCCGGAAUGGACUGGGCGGAAACCCUCAAGAAGUACAAGGCCAACCACCAGUGGCAUGUCGAGGUUUAUUAAGUGCAACAGCACCUGCACGCACAACAGAACGAUAUAAGAAGGAACGAGAGGAAAUCAUUCCGGGAUCGAAAAUCAAAUCAAAUCAAAUCACGCUCAAUUCCAGCGCAGUUGUUUGCGGAGACUAAGGGCUACAAUAUAUAUAUACAGACUUGCACGGUACCUUUCAAUAGUGCUCAACUAAAAAAAUUUAACAUGU